CUAAAACAGAGAGUGUGGGACAGGGGGAGAAGAAAGCAGGAGGAGAGGGGGAGAGUGGAGGUGGAGGAGUGGGCAUCAAUCUCAACAGGAAUACCAGCAACUCGCAGGCUACUCUCAUUACUACAACACCUUACUCAUUGCUUCAACAGCAGUUCACCUCUCACCAACAACAAAAAACAAAUGCGAGCCAACAGCACCAGCAGCAAGUUUUAUUGCAUCACCAGCAGCAAUCAGCAAGCAGCCUGACUGCACACCACACAAACCAGCAACAGCACCAGCACCAGCAAGCAAACAACACAACCACAGCUAUGCAGCAGACGCACCAUUGCAGUGCAUCCAGCGCCAACGCAUCUUCAAACAACUCCCACUGCCUUGCGUCACUGGCCAAUGCAGCCGCCCACCAGCAGCAGCACCCCAGCUCGUCCCAGUGCUCCCAGCAGAUGGUCCUCCAUACCUCCACUCCCAGUUACCAGCCCCGAGCAAUCACUUCGGUGACCAACACCGCUCAGAUUCUGCACACUUCGGUGGCAGUUGGGCUGUCGCAGAGCACCCAGUCCUUGGGGGGAGCCCAAACUCUGGUGGUGCAACCAUUACCACCCCAGAAUCAGACCUACGAAAACAGCUUGUCAGUAACCCGUCACAGCAACCUGACACCAGUUCCCAUACAACCCAAAACCAAUUCACAAAUGGUGACGGCCACUGCCCAGCUUAAGAUCCCAGUUCCAGGUUCCCAUUCCCAUUCCCACUCACAGUUCCCAGUCAAACACCCCCCUCCCAUUUUACCAGCCCCCCCUUCUCACGCUCCCCACGUUCCGGUUCAGCUGGUAGGAGCCAGGCAGCCAGGGCAAGCGAGUGCCCAGGCUUUGGGCCUAACACAAGCGAUCGCCGUUAGCAGCGCGCAAAGUUGUAACAGUAACAGCAAUGGAAUGGGUCACAUUCAUAGUAUUCAACCUCAGCACACGCUACACAGCGGGGUCGGUCAGCAACAUGUGCACGUCAAGCCUGUCUCUGGGGCCGUCCAUGACAACAGCCAGGCCAAUCAGAAUCAGCAAGGUGGAGGAGGCGUGACGGUCCAGCAGUCAAUGGGAUCUGGUAAUGUGGGAGUGUCUCCCGCCACCACAUCUUUUGGUAUGGGCUUCUCUUCUUCGGUGACGACGGCAGCUGUGUUGCCCCAGCAACUGCAGUUACAACAGCAACAGAGCCACCAGCAUCAGCAGAAACAACAGCCCCAAAUUGUCAGACCCUGUAGUGCUACCAUUUGCGGUUCUGUUUUGGGGCCUGGAAGCGUUAGCAGUGUUAGCAGCACCGCGCAGACCUCUGCAAUGGACGUGACAGCGAAGAUAGGAGCUGCUGCAGCCAGCGGAGUAUAUGUGCAGCCACUGCAACUGCAGGGUAAGCAGCCAGUGGGAGGAAUAAAAAGAAAGGCAGAGGCAGAUGAACAGAAUGAGAAAAAGAAAGACAGCCCACCCUCCCUUCAUCCCUCAUUGGAGGGGCCGUACCAAAAACCAGACAACACCCCAGAGAAAAACCAGGCCUCAGACCUCACUCCACUGGACCCCUCCCUUUCCGGCCCCUCCACUGCCUCCAGGAGUGUGGCCUCAGGCCCCUCCCUCUUGUCCAGCGGUCGCCACGGGAAUGAUUCCAAGCCUCCCCAGGCCAUUGUGAAGCCGCAGGUUCUGACUCAUCUCAUCGAGGGCUUUGUGAUUCAGGAAGGCGCAGAACCUUUCCCUGUGGGUGGACCAGUGAAAGACAGGCAGGAAGGAGUGUCCCCUCUCCUAGCCCCAUCCCCUUCCUCACUUCCUGAUCACUAUUAUCAAAACACAGUCUCAAAUGGGAAGUCCUCUCUGCUGAAGUGCGAGUACUGUGGGAACCUGGAGCCUGCGCAGCAGUUCAGAGGAUCCAAGCGCUUCUGCUCCAUGACCUGUGCCAAGAGGUACAACGUGAGCUGCAGUCACCAGUUCCGCCCUAAACAUAAGAAGGUGAAGGGGGCCGGGCUUGGGGAUGGGGGAGGAAUCAGGAUGAGGCGCAGGGGUCCUCACAGGAGCAGCAGCGAGAUUGCCCGCGCAAAGAUCACUGGCAGACACCUUGAUAUAAAGACUCGCUCUGAUUCCAGCCGAGGAUCGGAUGAGAACUCCAGCUAUGAAGACGAGGCUCCAUCCCCAAGCCCCUCCCCUUCCUGCUCUCGCCCCUCCCACUCAGAACAGGCUGCGCAUGAUUCGUCCGGAGCCGCUCCUGCUGAGCUGCCAUUGGAUGGUGGGCCUCACUUCCUGUCUGGGAGUCCCGCCCACUGGAGCGUGGAGGAAGUGUGUGAGUUCAUUUCCUCAUUGCAAGGCUGCCAAGAGGUGGCGACGGAGUUUCUGGCACAGGAGAUCGACGGGCAGGCCCUACUGCUUCUGAAGGAAGAGCACCUGAUGGCUGCCAUGAACAUCAAGCUGGGACCAGCGCUGAAGAUCUGUGCGCGCAUCAACAUGCUGAAGGAGGGCUAGAGAACGAGUCGGAGAUGGAAACUACACUCCCAUUGCACAGCUGUUUGAUCCAUUCCUUGUUUUACUUUUGAGUUUUUACUCAAACUUGUAGUAAAACCUGGACUGGGUGCAAGUGCUAUGCAAUAAGAGCGUUAUUUCCAUCCCUAUGAGUCUGUCCAGUGUGACAAAGUCAAACAGGGUUCAGGAACACCAGUGAACGCUUGCAUGCAAGAGUCAGUUAAUCUAAAUGGUGGUGGAACUAAAUGAUUACGAAAAACACAACAUCUCUAAAAGUGUGCAUGAGGCUCUUUAAGGGUAAUUUUAGUCUUUUAAAAGGAAGUAAAAUGACUGUUUUGGUACUAAUUUAACAUCUAGGAUUUACACUCUGCCACUGCUUAGAUCAGAUGACCCCUAAAGUCCUCAAAAUAAAAUUUGUAAAAAGUAUGUGAACAGUCACCAAGAUUUAAUGGAUUACAGAUGGCAGUGGUAAUGUUACUGGUGCGCUAAUAAGAGUUAAGGGAAUAUAUAUAUAUAUAUAUAUAUAUAUAUAUAUAUAUAUAUAUAAUAUAUAUAUAUAUAUAUAUAUAUAUAUAUAUAUAUAUAAUCGUUGGUUAGCCACCUUUGAAGAGGGACCAGUGAUGAUGUUGCUAUUGUUAAAGGAAGGUAAGGAAGUUAAUUUUAAAAGGAGGCUUGAUCAGCACUUCUUUCAGUGAUAGUGUUGCUAGGGCUAAUUUAGAAGUAAGUAAAACCUUGGUUAGCAUUUCCUUUAAUAAUCUGUUUGGAACGUUAUUUGGGAGUUUUUUAAAUUUUUGUACGGUUUCAGGUUUACAAGUAGACAUACACAGUGUUGAAUGCAGAACAUGCAGACUUUAGUAUGUGUGUAAGACUGUUCUGGGCAAAAUACUUCAGGUGCAGCAGAGGCCUUUCAUGACUAGAGUCCAGACAGACAGACCAAAGCCAAGUCAAAUCCAUUGAUCAGUACUUUAUGUGCUCCUGUCUACUAGGGCUGUCUUAAGAAAUACUGGAAGCAAAUCAACUUCAUUAAGUUUAAUAGUGUUUCUGAUAGUUUAGUAGGUGAUACUAUGACUGUCUACCUGAACCUCAAACCAAACCAAAAGACGUGUUCUUUAUGAAUGUUAUUGUUUCCUCUGGUGUUUUGUGAAUCCCUCUUUAUACACAACGUUGAGUGUGAGUGAGCCUCUCAAUGCAGAAUGUAACUUGGUUAUAAACAUCAAUGAUAUAUAGGUUACAUUCACCUAAAGAGAUGCUACUGAAUGGAUCCUCACAAUGUAGGUCAGUUUAUUAACUCACUGAAAACAUCACACAUGAUACUGAACUGAAUAUGUAUAUAAAACUAGGUUACUAAUUAAACAAGUUUGAUUUGUAAAUUUCUAAAUGAGAGUAGUGCAGUACAAGGUGGUCUGUCUUAUUAUUGUACUGUAGUACUAAUACAGUACAGCUUAACUCUCCCAGCUUCAGUUAGAUAGCUGCUAGCAUUCAGACAAAAAAGCAGUUUUUUCUUCCCUUAUAUUAACCCUGAUAUUUAUCCAGAAAUUUGUUUGUUAUUUUUCUCAGUCCAGAAGCUUUUAUAACCAGCUUAUACAACGAGUUUGGAGUAUGUGUGUGCGUGUUGUUCUUUGUGAAACUUAACUUUCCCAAUUCAAUAUUUAGGAAUUUUGCAUUUUUUCCCUCAAAUUGGUGCUUAAAAAAACAACUAAUAUGAAACACCAUUGUUAGUAUUGUACAUUUGUCUUUUUUGUAAUAUAGUACAGUAUAUAUUAGUAACCAUUAGGCUAUUAGAUUAUCUUCAGUUGCAGUGUUUAAAAUGUUUUACAAUGGGAAGAAAGAAAGAAAGAAAUAUUGACUGAGGCUCUUAAACACACACACAGACAGACAGUGCCCAACAAUCAUGUUCAGUUGAACACUGCAAUAUAAUUUCGUGUUGUCUGUAAUUUCUCUGUGCACUCUGUUUUAUUAGAAUAAAGUAAAGAAAGAUCUUGGUUCUUAAAGCUGCACACAGAUCAACAGUGCCCCCCAAUCAUUAUCCUGAAUAAUAAUAAAGACAAGACUGAAUGUAAAUAUAUUAUAGAAAUCAAAGAACCAGUGCAACACAAUAGCACUGUAUGCAAAGAUGAACACAGUAAUUGAAAAGUGCUUCUCGUUUGUUUUGGUUCAUUAUCCACCAUUGUCCAAUUGUGAUGAAACGUAGUUAUUGAAAGUAUUGGACUCUACACAGUGCCUCUCCAUUUUCAAUGUGCAAAUGGUGGAUGUAGGUCUUGGUGAUUUUCUUUCUUUCUAUCUUUUGUUAUCCAUUUAUGUUUUUAUGUUGUUCUUUGCAGCAUGGCGGGGCGGGGCGGGGCGGGGUGGGGGUGGGGUGUGUUUGUCGCUGGCACAUUUGUACAGCCAGCCGUCAGCCAGGAAUGCUCAUUUUGCCAGUCAACUGCUUAAUCUUCACAAUGUAUUGUCACAAGUCAUUUUAAAGUGAUUAUCAAUUACUUAUUUACAAAUAAAAAAAAUACAUGUA